GAAACCGCACGGCUUGACAUAUCUCACCCAAUCUCGCCUCGAUGCGUCUUACCGCGCGUUUACUGGUUCAUAGUUGUCACUUUCACGCUGUUUAUCACCGAUUGCAUAAAAUUGCAACUUGACGUAUAUAGUUGCAAUCGUAUAUUGUACGUAACGCGAUACGAUAUUUUCAGUGUGUUUGUAUAACAUGUCAGAUCUUGUAGAGAAUCAAGUUCAAUUGCUGCUCGCCGGACAAGCGUUGGAAAACGAUGACAUAUGUAAUAUACACACUCUUACAAGUGAUACGAUAGGUGCAAAAUCAGGUCAACUAACAGCACACAUUCCUAUUUGCUCGAAAACAGUAACGUACAUAGUCGCAGCUGUUGUCAUAAAUGACCAGGGUGAAGUGUUAAUGAUGCAAGAAGCGAAAGCUUCCUGCAUUGGAAAAUGGUACUUGCCAGCUGGUAGAGUGGAGAAGAAUGAAAAUCUCAUAAAUGCAGUGAAAAGAGAAGUCUUAGAAGAGACAGGUCUAGUGAUAGCACCAACAACUCUGAUACUGGUAGAAUGCGCGAAUGGUACAUGGUUUCGCUUUGUAUUUACUGGGGAUAUAGUUGGUGGUACACUGAAGACACCGGAUCAGGCAAAUGAGGAAUCUCUACAAGCAUGCUGGGUACGAAACAUUGAUGAUUUGCCAUUAAGGUCUAAUGAUAUCUUAUAUCUCCUGGACCGAGGCAAAAGUUACGUUUCAAAUAAGACUGUUCCCCAACAUCCUCAUUUGAUGCCCAUGACCAAAUCACAUACAAAAUUAUCACUGAGAUUAGUAGUCACAUCUAAGAAAAGAGCAACGAACAGAUUACAUGUGCUGGUAUCUGAUACUGAACAAUAUAAUCCUCCAAUUUGUGAAGUUAAUCCAAGUCGUAGUUUACUGUCUACUCUGCACAGCUUUAUGAAGGAAAUAUUUGGGAAUGAUGUAGCACAGCAUAAACCACAUGGUUUAUUGUCUGUAGAGUUUAGUGGUGGACAAGGAGGAGAUGGUCUGUGCUUUACAUUACUGGUAUCCUUCAAAUUACCAGUGGAAGACGUACCUAUAGUUGGGAAAUAUAUUUGGCAUGAACUUUCUGAAAACGUAGCAGAAAGUCUUGCAGCCCGUCUUCCGCGAAACAUGACUGUACCUUUAAAGGUUGUACGUUGAUUGCAUACGAAUUUUUUACGAGUUUUAUUAAUAUUUUAUUUUGCCUGACAAAAAUAAAUAGUAUAAUAUAUAAGAAUA